CUGCCGCCCGGGAGGGCGGGCCCUGGGCAAGGGAGACCCGGCGGGGUCCGCACCCUCGGUGCCGCAGCUUCCUUUCGCCCCCGCGCCGCCCGCGCCCCCCCAGAAAGAGGCGCAGCGAGGCGUCUAGAAAGGGCCUCGCGGAUGCCCACUGGACUAGCCCCGGGUCCCCAGGGAACAUGGGCAUGCUCAGGGCCGGACUGUGCCCAGGCCUAACCCAGGACAUGAUCCAGCUUCUGAGGAGCCGCGGGAUCAAGACAGUGGUGGACCUGGUUUCCGCAGACUUGGAGGAGGUAGCUCAGAAAUGUGGCUUGUCUUACAAGGCCCUGGUUGCCCUGAGGCGGGUACUGUUGGCCCAAUUCUCAGCUUUCCCCUUCAAUGGCGCUGAUGUCUACGAGGAACUGAAGACCUCCACGGCCAUCCUGUCUACUGGCGUUGGAAGCCUGGACAAACUGCUUGAUGCUGGUCUCUAUACGGGAGAAGUGACUGAAAUCGUAGGAGGCCCAGGUAGCGGCAAAACCCAGGUAUGUCUUUGUGUGGCUGCAAAUAUAGCCCAUAGCCUACAGCAGCAUAUCCUAUACAUUGAUUCCAAUGGAGGGCUGACAGCCUCUCGAAUCCUCCAGCUACUUCAGGCCAGAACCCCAGAUGAGGAGGAGCAGGCAAGAGCUCUCCAGAGGAUCCAGGUGGUGCAUGCCUUUGACAUCUUCCAGAUGCUGGAUGUGCUGCAGGACCUCCGAGGUGCUGUGGCCCAACAGGUGAGCGAUUCUUCAGGGACUGUGAAGGUGGUAUUUGUGGACUCAGUCACCGCCGUGGUCUCCCCACUUCUGGGAGGUCAGCAGAGGGAAGGCUUGGCCUUGAUGAUGCAGCUGGCCCAAGAGCUAAAGACCCUGGCCCGGGACCUUGGCAUGGCAGUGGUGGUGACCAACCACAUGACCCGAGACAGGGACAGCGGGAAGCUCAAACCUGCCCUGGGCCGCUCCUGGAGCUUUGUGCCCAGCACCCGGAUUGUCCUGGCCAUCAGUGAAGGAGCAGGAGCACCAGGCACUCAGCGCACAGUGUGUCUGACCAAAUCUCCCCGUCUGCCGACAGGUUUCCAGGAGACGGUAGACAUAGGGACGUGGGGGACUCCAGAGCCGAACCCAGUGUUACAGGAAGAUCAGAUAGGACUGUGCUGUUGAUUGGGAAGGGGGAAGACAUCAAGGCCCCUAACUUUCCUCAGGAAUGCCUGCUGUUCACUGCCACCCAGCACUCCAGACUGCAGGAGACGCCUUCGGGCUGGGUAAAAGGGACAUCUCGGUUUCUUCAGCUUCUCUCUCUGUGGAAACGUAUAGAAUUACAGACAAGAGAAGAUGCUAUGGUAGAAGGACCCAGAAAUUCAUGCUGGUGCCAAGUUUUCUCCCCUUGUUUCUGCUGCGUAUGUUUCCAGUGGGAGCUGCAUUCAGCUUGGCUUGGGGCACCGCUGAAGAGGCACACUGUACAGUGUGCCUCUGGAUGGAUAACCAGAAUGACCGGAUGGAUAACCCUGUGUGCCACCAUCACACCUGGACUCCAUCCUGACACAAUAACUGAGCCAAUAAGUCUCUAGCUUGCCUGUGCUUCUCGUCUUCUUUUCUUUCUUUCUUUGGCCUCUCUUUUUCCAACUGUAAAAAGAGGCUCCCUUCCUCUUAGCUCCCUUUGAGUUACCGGGUUGAAGUAACCUCAUACAUGACUCUUUGUCACCUAUGUCCUGCUUUUAAAAAUAUAAAAAGGAAAUUCCCUGAGCUCUGGAGCCACCUCAUUUCCCCUCAGAAGGUUGUUUUUCAGUUUCCCCCAGCGAGUCCCCCAAAACGGUUAUUCCUCUUUUGCGCGUGCUGAUUUGGUCUCACACACCUGCAUGCAUCACCAGGACUAGGUGAGACCAGGAGCUCGCCGCAGUCCCAGGGAUAUAAUUCAGCAGAAGGGGAAGAUGCGACCUGCUCCUGGUGAAUCCAGCCAUUUGUUUAAUAUGCAUGGUGCCCUGUGGGGCCCCUCCACAGGAUAGAGUAUCCAGAGGUGCUGAACCAUGGCCUUGCCCAUAAACAGACAGAGGAGAAUUUGCUCAGUAAAUAGAGCCAGCUGGGAAAAUUGAUGCUAGCAUAAAUAAUACAUGGCAAAUCUAGUCUUUAUGCAGAAAUUCAUUGCCGGUGGCUCCGAGAUGCAAUAUAAUUACCCUUCUCUUCCUGCCAGCUGUACCACAGCCCAGUGCCCUAGUGUAUGAAAUAACGCCCCCUGUCUGUUACCAGCACAGUGGCCAUCCAUCUGAGAGCUGUAACCGUGGCUGCGGGAGGAGGAGGACACCAGGGAAAGGAAAAUAAAAGGCAAAGUAGAGACAUGAUCAAGAUUGUUUACUGAACACAUUUUUUAAAGGAAGGUCGCCUUUCUCUGUUGGAGAGCCUAUUGUGUAAUUAAUUACUUGUGUCUUGGCUGCAAGAAAAGGUGGAAGAUAUGACAUUUAGCGAUGAUAAACGCAGCAGGGAUAGAAGCAAGAAGCACGGAGGAUUGGAGAUGUGUAGCAGACCAGCUGGAAAGUAUCUGCCUGAAUGAGGACGGUCGGUGAGCCUAACUGCAGGAACCCUGGUGCUGCUGCUCUCACAGUGGACCCCAGGAGAAAACCUCCAGUACUUAUACCAUGAGUGGCUGGCAUUUUUCUGCCACCAUGGUAGGAAACAAUACAUUAAGCUAGGAAUGGCAAAUACCUGUCCACUCUUAAUUUGGUCAUCCUGAACCUGUGCAGACAUCACCGAUCAAUCAGCCGAUCAAACUGCAGAUCUCGGAGUCUUGCAGUUUUCCUCCACACAGCACUCCAGGUAACCACAACCAAUUAGUUGGAAUUGGCAUUCAGGCUGGAGCCGGGUUAUCAUCUUAACCAGUUCCCCAGCAUGCCUCAGGCCAGGCUGGCGCUUCUACCCAAGUGCCUUUUGCUCCCUUAUAUGCUUCCUCUGUCCCCAACCCCCGCCUCACACACACACACACACACACACACACACUGUGGCUGGUGCACACCCACCCUAACAUCCUUUCUUAGGCCUCAACGGUGGUCCAGAUAGAUGUUUCUCAUAAUCCCCCUGUACUGCUCAUCUAUACUUUCUGUUCACUUGUCUGCCCAUGAGCCUAAAUCCACUUUAAGGGCUCCUAUGUUAAUUUUUCCUUCGUUCUUUACACAUUAUGGGAGCUCAGUAAUUGUUAAAUAUAUGAAUGGGUGGGCUUUAAUGUGUUUUAAAGAUGAUAAAGGAAUUCAGGAAUUUUUUUUUUUCCUGAUCUUGAUAGUCAUUGAGUCCCGAGAGUGUCUUUUUAUGUACAUUUCUACAGAGGACUAUUGUAUGUCCUUGGCUCAAUAUUAGACAAAAUUAAUGUUGAGUCCCUACUAUGUGCUAGUACUUGAUGACUUUAAGUCAGGCACUUUGAACUCCCCAAGACUCUCUCAGGCAAAAGGUCUGUGUGUCAUUGAGGCUGCUCUCUGCUACAAGUAGCAAAACCUGGCUUAAAGAGGCUUAAACAAUAAGGACAUUUAUUAUUUCUAGGAACAUGAACUCCAAGAUUGGCUCAUUCAGUGGCACAUUGUCAAGGGGCCUAGUAAGGCCUUUCCAUCUUUCUGCUUUGCUCUCCUUUUGUGUUGGUUUUGUCUUCAAGCUCGUUUUCAUCAAAGCCUGGCUGCAGCUAUUGUGAGCAUCAAUCCAGAUAAGAAAAUAUUUACAGGCAGGAAAAGGAACACCUCUUUGUGUCCUUUCGUGAACCAGGAAAAAUCAGAACUUCCUUCCAAUGAAAGCAGACUUACCUCAUAUCUCAUUGGGCAGAAUUGCUUCAUGCACCCAUGUCUAAAUCAUGGCAAGGGAAAUGGGGCCACUGUGAUUGGCUCAGAUGAACCAGGCAAUAACCCUGGAGCUGGCGCUGGGGACAGGCUUCCCUUAAGCACAUCCUGCGAUCAUUGGAAGAAAAUGGGGUUGCUAAUAGACAGGAGGAAGCGGGUGUGGAGGAAUUGGACAUUGGGUGGGCAACCGCUAGCGUCUGCCACAGUCCAGAAGGCAAGUUUAUUGAGGCUCUCAUGCUUUGGCUCCUUAUACACAUCUCAUUUAGACCUUAGGACAGCCUGUGGAUCCUUGGGGAAUCAUUUCAGACCAUAAAUGGGAGCUCAGUGAGGUUGACAUAAAGCUAAUAAGUAGCAGCACCAGAAUCCAAAUGCAAAUCUCUGAUUCCAAACCCUACUUCUUUCUAUCCUCGUGCUGCCUUUGGCUGUGAAUAUAGAAAUGUUUCAGUCAAAUUCUUGUUCAUAUUCUGCCCUGAUAGGAGCAAAGACCAUGCAUCCCAACCUCUUUUCAGCUUAGCUCACCAUGAAAAGCUGGACCAGAGAUCUACUUUAUUAGCUCUUGCUGAUUUUCCCUAGGAAAGUUGUGAAAGAAUGACAAACACCCAGAGAAGGAAGAUAUCUUUGGUAUUAAAGUCCACUGGAGCCUUAGGGGUAAAUAAAGCUGAAUAAAACCUACAGGGCCUACCUGUUCCUGAGAUAGGAGCCAGGAGGAGAUAAGGGACUUAGAUGCAUAUCCCACUAGGUUUUGCUGUCUUCUGGCAUGGAGUUGUACUGGGUAGAGUUAAAAGGGACCAGUUGUGUGUGUUGGGAAUGGGCAUUGGAGAAGGCUCUGUGGUGUAUGGGACUUACAUUAGAGCUAGAUAUAUUACUCAUCCAAAGUCGCCCUCAGAAAAGUGCUUUCCCUCAUUUUUUUCCUUUUCCUAUUGCUCUGGCUAGACUGACUUCCGGUACUAAGUUGAAUAGAAGCAACUUAGUUGACUAGCCAUUGUCCUUGUUCCUGACGUUAAUGGACUGUGUCCAAUAUUUUAUCAUUAAGUAAGAUGCCAUAAGUUCCCUGUUUAAUCGAGGUAAAGACCUCAUCGCGUUUCUUGUUUGUCCUGGAGAAGGGAGUCCGGGUCCUGGCCAUUACUUUGCCAUGCAUAGACCUCUCUUUCCCAGCCAAUGGAAGGUCCAUUCAUCCUGGAGUUAUAAAACUGCACUUCAACUGCUGCACAAGUUUGAUUCCUUGAGUCGCCUUUGAGCCAUAGCUCUCCUCUGACUCUCUGUAGUUUUGGGAUGUAGUAGCCUCAAUUUAAGCUUGGGUUUUGUCAGAAGACAAUGGGCCUGUGCUGAAAGGCUACAAAGUCAAGGAAUGAGAUGAUUCUACAUCUCAACUAACUUGGUCUUAGCUCUGACACUCACUGUCUGUAUGUCAUUGGAUGAAUCACUUAGCCUCUUUAAGCUUUAGCUUCAUCCUCUCUGAAAUGGGGGAAAGCAUACCUGCUGCAUAGAAUUGCUUUAGGGUCAUAUAGCUUAGGUAAAGCACCGAGCGCUUUUCCAGCAUGUAAUAGGUACUCAGUCUCAUCACUGUGAGACGUAUGAUGCCUCGGAGAUACUGCUGACAGCUUCCCUCCAUCCAGGCAAGGCCAGCUUCGUGGUAGUAUGACAAAUGCAGUUGCACAGAGCCCUGUGCUUAGUUUAAUGCUCUGCUUUUGCUAUCCUGAAAUGUUUCAUACUUUUUGCACAAAGCUCCAACAUUUUGCACUGUGCCCUGCAACCUAUGUAGCCUGUCUUUAGGGAUGGGUAGAACUCUUGUAACUGGCCCUUCGGGAAACACCCCGCCACUGAUAUUUUAGGGAAUAACUCCCAUAGAAAAACUGGAGUUAGCAUCCUGUGUCUGUUUACCUCUAACUGUUCCAUUCUGGGGUAACCUAUACAGUCUCUCGCAAAGGAAUCCUUUAUAUUUUACAGACUCUGUUAGGUCCAGAAAAGUCAAGAGGGGGCUGGUGGAGUGGAAUGAUGAUUCGGGAUUUUGGAAUCAAAAAAAGAUCUAGGUUCAAAACUCUGCUGGGCCCUUUAUGGCCAAAUUGCUUGGACAAGGUAAUGUCUCUGUCUCUUUAAUAAAAUCUAUGUUGCAGGGGAAUUACAUCUUCCUUCUUGGUACAAUAUAUGUCUCAGGGAAAUUAAACAUAAUUUAUGUAACGUGCCUUUCACAGAGAGUCUGGCACAUAGUAGGUGCUUAGUCACCAUUAAUUCCUCCGACUCUUGUUGGAAGUAAACAUCAGGGCACUAGGACUUACAAGCCAUGCUGUUACUAAUAAAAGAAAUAAUGUGAUUUAUUUUUUCACUACUGUUUGGGGAAAGGCAUGUGCUUCAUAAAUAUGUAUUGGAAAGUACUUAGCAAAUGAGUAGAAAUAAUAAAAAUAUGUCAAAGUAAACAGCUCCUAUAAAUAUGUCACUUGGUAGACAAAUUAGUGUUUUAUUACUACUAAAUACAAUUGCUCGCCGAAAAGGAUUUCAGAUUACUUGCACAAUGGGUACAUUAUGGAGUGCCUCUGCGGAAGGGCAUGAUAAAGAUGAAAAAUAGUGAUGUGAUAAUGCUAAAGGGGGAAAAGAGAUGAGUGGGGGUAAAAGCAGCUCGGAGACCUCCUGGCUUCAGUGAUAUGCACAUUAUUUAGCAGCAUUCCAAUAUUUUAGCUGUAAUAUGGACCAGAGGGCCCAGAAAAAUGAUUUCCACAUGAUGUCAUGAAGCCACACUCCAAUUAUUGGGUUCAUGGGUGGAUUAAGCACACUCCCUUUUGGAACCGAACACUCAAUGUGUAAACUUAAGUUUACAGGAUGGGGUCCCACCCCAUUUUGGACCUAUUAACUUUCUAUGACUAUAUUUAACAUGGAGAGAAGAAGAAAUCGGGUGGAGGAUGCUGUCUUAAUCACAGGUCACAAAUCCAUUUCAGAAAUAAGAGAGGUCCUGACCUCUCAAGAGAAAAGGAAGCAGAGAGGGGGAAAGAGGAGACAAUAAAUGCCUUCAUGUGGGAAAAUAAAGCCCUGGAGAGAAGCGGAGAGGGCAGGGAAUUGCAUCAAGGAAAGUUAACAGCGUAGCAGGUAGGAAAAAGACAGGCACAUUUAUUUCAGGUGCGGGAGGCCUCUUAGAAGGCCAGUUUUUCCAUGCAUUCUUGGUGGUGGAAAAGACCCAGUUUCAAAUUGCAGUGCUGCCUUUUUCUAAUUGUGUGGCUUUGGGUAAAUUACUUAAUCUGCAAAUCUUCAUUAAUAACAUGGGUAUAAUACUACUCCAUUUCCUGGGUUGUUGGGAAGUUUGGAAAUAAUACUUGCAAAGUGACAGUCUGCAUGUAUAAAUAUUUUUACUUCACUUUUUCUUGUGAUAUUCCAUAUUUUAAAAUGCACCCCCCCCCAAAAAAAGGAAUUUGCUCAGAAGAACUCUGGGAGGUCUCCAGUAAAACCUAAAGCAUAAGAAAAUUGUCAAUGAACACCAAUUGUAAGGAUUCAAAUUUAUAUUAUUUUCAUGACUAGGCAUUUUCUUAGCUCACCCUGGCUAAUGAUUUUCCAUGCAACCCUGGUGCUUUAUAGGUUACUAAGCCUUCUAUGUGCAUUAGCUCAUUUAAAUCCCCAUACCACCCUGCCUUUCAGGGGUGAGGAAUUCUGGAGUUCAGAAAGGUUAAGUACUCUGCUGAAAGGUACAUAGCUGACGAAUGGCCAGGGCAGGCUCCUCAGCACAGAGCCUUUUUCAUUCUACCAGGGCUUUCUUUUGAGCAGUUUUCUCAUCUUCCUGGGGGUUUAGAUUGUCAACUGCUAGAGGAGAGAGGUGCUAUAGAGUGAAUGGGAUAAGCCUGGGUUUUGAUGUUGACCAGAAAAUUCUGAGAGGCUUUAAAUUAAAUUACAAUGGGAGCAGGAGAGAGAACAGUUAGCCUGUUAAUAGCUGGGGGCCAGGUGAUAGACUGCUCACAUUCCUGAAUGAGUGUUGGAGCUUUGAAUCAACAUUCUGGCGUCUUCUAGCCGACUACUUGAUGGGCCAUCGCAUCUUGCAUAUGCAUGAACUUUCAGGAUUAUUCCCUGUAACCAAUCAAAUGUAGCAUUUCUUCCUUACAGAAUGUGCUCUCAUCAUAGAAUUGCCUCCACUUCGCCUAAUCCCAUUCCUUUUAUCUGUAGCCAAUGUAAAUUCUUUCAAAAUAACUUACAUUUUUCUUCCCCCUACUUGAUGUAUUAAAAAAGCCUGUCAACCCCAGGACAGUGGGAUAUAUUGCCUUUUGCAGCUAGCACUGCUACUGGUAGUUUAGACUUCAUGCCCCAGGGCCUGAUCCUUUAUGGUCCAAUAAACCU